GACUAAGAUGAAGUAAUCUAUUUUGGGCGGGUGUGGGUAGGAUUAUUUUGAGGAAUUUUGUUGUAUCACGUUUGAUGAGUGUUAAAACAUUAGUUUUUAUCCGUUUUUGAGUAUUUCUGAAGUGUUUGUGUAAUUUAAACUUUGUAUGCAUUGCAUUUCGUGGGCUGUUAUGGCGUUACUGAAUCCUUAUAUUUCAUUUCGACAAGUUCGCUGAUGAAGUAAUAAAGCAGAAUACCACAAAUGGAACGCAUCGAUCCUCCAGAUAAUCCAGGGAAAGACGGCGAAUCAGCCGCUGCGAUGCCGAACCAGACCGGGGCAGACUUGGAGUGGGAGCCAGUGGCGAGUUGCGAGUUGGAUUUGAAUCAGAAAGAAGCGUCCCCACAUCUGUAUUUUGUUACGGUGGAGUUUGUGGAGGGAUCGCCCGGCGAGCUGGUGCACUCGUUCCCUGGCUACGAGGGCGACGCGUUCUCCCCGCAGCCGUCGUCGAGCGCGGAGCUGGGGCACCGCGUGAGCCCGCUGGACCCCAACAUGGGCUCGGCGGCCGGCUACUCUCCCGGGUACGCCGUGGCGCAGUCCCCUCCCCCGGCCGGCCCCGCGUCUCCGAUCCACGGGGGCGACCCGCCCGCCGCUUCCCGGGGCUUCUUCCGGCCCGCCCGGGGCGACGGGGAGCUGCCGCUCGCCAGGGCCCAGCUGUCGACCGCCCAGUACCGCGACGUCCAGCCGGCGACGGUGGUCUUGUCGCAGCCCGACGACGAGGACGUGAAGGCCGACUGCUUCGACCACAUCCAGCUGCUCAUCAGCAGCGGGGUUGGGGAGAACAUCGCCUACAGCAUAGAAGGAGGCCACGCCAUCCAGAGCAUGCUGGAGUCCAUCAAGGAGCACGGCCUGGUGAUAGAGGGCGUGGACGACGCCAGAGACGCGGACAUGAAGCUGCUGCCCGAUGACGCGGACCUGAGCCUGGACUCGAUCACGCUGGCCGUGAGCCAGCAGCACCCGGGCCUGAUCGACCAGUCGCUGCUCGAGUCGCAGCUCCGGCUCGGGGGCGAGAUGCGGAUCGACAGCGAGGUGGAGACAGACGAGGUGCGGGCGACGCUGGGGGGCAGGGACCUGAAGUACGUGGACAUCCUCCUGGACGGGGGCCUGCCCUCCCCCUCGCCGGGCGACGAGCUGGCGCCGCGACGCUCCCAGAGGCGCCUCCCCCGCGAGGACGACGGCGGCUCCGACAAGUGCGAGGACUGCUGCGUGUCAGGCGACAUGAGCUGCGAGCAGCACCAGCUGCAGAGCAUCUCGGACAAGCCCGUCCCCUCGCGGGCGCUCGCCACCCUGCCCCCCCUGCUGGCAGUCAGCAAGGUGCCCGGCUCCGUCGCGGGCGACAAGCUGUGCGGUGUGUUUGCGCGCAAGCAGAUCCCCAAGAGAGUGCAGUUCGGCCCCUUUGAAGGGGUCCUGGAGGAGGCGGCGUGCCCCGCGGACCCGGGAGAUGCCUCCCAGCUGCCGUCGCUGCACUUGCUGGUCGAGCUGGACGACGGGCUCAUGCAUCGACUGGACACGUCCAAUGAGAACCGCUCGAACUGGAUGAGGUUCGUGAGGGCCGCCCACACGGCCGAGGAGCAGAACCUGAUCGUGAACCAGCACGGGCGCUCCUUGUACUUCACCACGAUCAAGGCCGUCCCGCCGAGGCAGGAGCUGCUGGUCUGGUACGGAGCCAACUACGCCGCCCGGCGCCGCCUGCCGCUCCUCCAGCCGCUGAAGACAGAAGAAGAAGAGCAGACUUGGCCUUGUUUUGAGUGUAAUGAAAAAUUCUUCACGUCUGAAGAGUUGCAGAAACAUCUUAACAUACACGAUACGGAAAAGGGUGAUACGCAGUCAAGAACAAGGAGGAGAAAAACAAGGAAAGGAAAGCAGCAUUAUCGAAAGAAGAGUUUGGGUCUUUUCACAUCAAAGAAGUAUAAGACGGGAAAAACGAAGGAUAAGCACCCGCAGGUGUGCGGGGAGUGCCACCGCGUGUUCCUGCGAGGCGGCGGCGUGCACGGGAAUCUGCAGCUGUCGUGCGAGGACCACGACGACGAAGAUGACUCCGGGAGCAUCUGCCGGGACAGGUUCGCGGCCAGGCAUUGCGACGGUGACAGGAGGAAACACAAAGUGAAGUACAGUCUCAUCAAAAAGCACAUUGAAAGGGCCGCGGCGCGGUGGCAGUGCUGCCGCUGCGGCCUGCAGUUCGACAGCGCGGCCGUGCUGGGCCUGCACGCGCUGGCCCACGCCGGGGGCGAGCCCUGGGAGCCCGAGACCAUCACGGGGCUGCCGUCCGUGCUCAGCAGCGCGUGCCAGGAGCCGGGGGCCUGGGUCGACGUCUGCCCGCAGUGCUCUCGGGAGUUCCCCUCGAGGCAGGAGCUGGUGGAGCAUGUCUCGGAGCACGCCCGGGCCCCGGGCCGGGAGCCGCCCCGCCCGCGCAGGGGCUUCAACCCGGCCAAGCCCUGGAAGUGCGAGCGCUGCUACAAGUCCUUCGCCACCGAGGAGAGACUGCAGCGCCACAUGUUGGUUCACGGCUCUGAAGAGACUAAGCCCCUUCAGUGCGAUGUCUGCUUCAAGCGUUUCUUGAAUAACUCUGCGCUGGCAUGCCACAUCAAGAUACACACAGGCAAGAAGGUUUAUGAAUGUCCCAUUUGCAAGCAAAUCUUCGGUCAACUCCUUGACUUGAAAGAGCACGUACUCAUUCAUUCUGUGAAUGGGAUGUACACAUGUCCUCAGUGCAAAAAGGUGUUUGAUGAGUACAGUGUGAUCAGAAAGCACAUCCGAGCAUUCCACUGUGAUCGCAAGCACAAGUGUUCAUACUGUCCCAAACAGUUCCCGACCCUGGACAAACUUAAAAUGCACAUGCUCAGGCACUCGGACCACCGGGAGUUCCUGUGCGCCGACUGCGGCAAGCAGUUCAAGCGCAAGGACAAGCUGAAGGAGCACAUGAACCGCAUGCACUCGGGGGAGAAGGACCCAAGGCCCGCCGCCAAGCCCGCCCGCUCGCACCUCGCCAAGAAGUUCAUGCCCAAGAUAUCGCCCGGCGACUACGACCGGUUCAUCUACAAGUGCCACAGCUGCAUGGUGGGCUUCAAGCGGCGCGGCAUGCUGGUGAACCACCUCGCCAAGCGGCACCCGGAGAUCAGCCCCGGCUCCGUGCCGGAGCUCAACCUGCCCAUCCUGAAGACCACGCGCGACUACUACUGCCAGUACUGCGACAAGGUCUACAAGAGCAGUUCCAAGCGCAAGGCCCACAUCCUGAAGAAUCAUCCCGGCUCAGAGCUGCCAAUGAGCAACAGGAGAAAGGGGGGAGUGCCGGACGUCCCGGGCCAGCCCAACCCCACGUACUCGCAGGCGGUGGGCAGCGUGACGACGCGCCCGCACGGCUGCGGCUGGUGCCACAAGCAGUACGCCUCCAAGGCCAAGCUGCUGCAGCACCAGCGCAAGAAGCACCCCGACCUGCUGUCCCUGGCCCAGCAGGCCCCGCGCAGCCCCCGGUCGCCUGGCGCCGGGACCCGCGAGCAGCCAGAGUCCCCGGUGGUCGGCCUGCUGGACGGCCAGCGCAUCGAGGUGCAGCUCCAGGGCCUGGAGGCCAUCAACAUCAUACCAGAGUUCCAGAUAGCAGCCACGGAAGAAGAGCUUCAGCAAUACCAAGAGACUGGAAUAAUUAUUGAUGCUGCGUCAUUGAAACAAGUAAAGGACCUGGGAGAGGGGGUCUCGGUGGACCUGCUGUCGCAGGCCAUGUCCGAGCUGGGGCAGUCCAUCGGGGAGUACCGCGUGUCCCUGGGCGCCGCCCCCGACCACUUCUUCAAGAUCGUGCACGCCACGGUGGCCGCGGCGGCAGACGACGACCCCGACGACCCCGCCCCCUUCCCGCCGCCCGCCUCCCCCCGCUCCUGGGGCUCGCCCCACCCCGCCUACGCCCCCUACACCGCCCGCUGACCGCAGCCGCCCGGGUUCCGCUGAGCGAGGCGUUUGCACCGCGGCCCGCCCUGGUCGGGCCGCUUUUUGUGGGUAUGAUGCCCCGUGGUUGGUUGGUUGGUUGGUUGGUUGGUUGUUGGUUUGUGGCACGGCUGCUCCGUUGCCACGGUUGAAACCUGGCGGCGGCCUUUCCACGCCUUUUUUUGUCGGAUUGGUUUUUGGAAGUUACCAACGUGUGGAAGAGGGGCUGUGAUAGUUUUUCAGGGGUUGAUCAAGGUUCCGCGAGUUGGUUUUUUUUUGAGGGUCGGCGAGAUUUCAGUCGAGAUUUCGAUGGCGGUUAAUUUUUUUACGAGCGUGAGGGUUGGUCGAGUAUCACAUACUUUUGAUGUCGUGUAACCAAGAAAAUGCAUAGAAUCCUCUACAAGUUUUGGUUUUGUUCUUAGAUGUUGGCUUUGUUAGUUUUUUCGUGCAUGCUGAAUGAUCGAUUUACGGUAGAAAUAUUUGUGUUUGCAAUGUUUGAAAUAAUAAUCACUUUAACAAAUAAACCAUUUCAGUUGUUUGCAACGUGCAAUCUAGUGGAAAGGGGUUCGUAUUUGUUGUUGAAUAACCAAGCUGAUUAAAGUAGUCGUUGGUAUACUGUCCAAGUUUGAGAAACCAUCUUGUAAAAUAAAAAUUAUGAUGUGAGCUUCUAACUCCGUGUUUGUGAGAGAAUUAGCGGCAGUGCCUCUAUUAGGUUCUUUCAUCGGUGUAUAGAUACGUCCAUGCAUGUGCUGUUGGCCAAAGUACUUCCUUGCAAUGGAAGCAGAAGAGCACAAAGUUUUUCAAUUUGUGUGGAGUAUUUCUAUGACAAAUUAACAGAUUUGCCAUAGCAUCUAUUGUUAUUUAUGAAAAUAGUUUAUUUAGUGACAUAGAUACUUCUAUUUGAAGACUGAUUUUUGAAUGAUAAUUGUUAGAAUGAUAAUUUGCUAUUAGUCAAAUAUUUUUUAAUUACAAAUUGGAACUCCACACUUUCUUUUUAGAAAAUGUUUUUAUUUGGUUUAUGUUUUUUUAUUCUCCUGUAGGUUUCUAAAAUAGUAGAAAUUUCUCACUGUCAAACAGUAAUAUACUUUUUUUACUAAGUUUUUUUGUUAGUUCAAUAUACAAUAUAAUGAAAAAUCAUUGCUCAUUAACUAUUUAUUGUGAAUUUAUUAAACCUCAGAUUGGUGUCAGAUUUAUGUACCUUCUGGUGGAAUGUUUUAUUUCUGUGUCUGCCUUAGUAAAUUUAUAUUAAAGUGUUCACUGUAGAAUUUCUAAUUGACAUUUUUAAAAAAAUCAACUAAGUACAUUUAAUACUCUGGUAUCAAUGUGAAAAUUAUUGUCGUGAAAAUGUUCAAGCUGAGCAUUGAUAGAAUUUAAAAAAUUGCUUACAUGUGUGAUAAAUUUGAACCUGUGUUUUCUGUAGUGUACUAAUGGCUAGAUCAACUAAUGUACGCUGUGAUUGCGUUAGUAGGCAUACAUGUUUUGGCUUUGUAUCUGGUAAUAUAUUUCUAGACUCAAGUGUUUAAAUUUCAAUGUAUAUUGUUAUAUAUCUUAAUUUUUUUAAGUAAACAAAAAAUACUAUUGUAAAUAUUGAAGUUUUUACAAAAAAAAAUUAUAUAAGAAGAUUUUAUUUUAUUAAAUAAAGGUACAUUCUGUAGAGAAAUUUGUGGGAGUAACUAUGAAUGUUGGCUACCAGUUAUCUUGUUUAGUUUUAGUCAUACCAUAGAUGAAUUGAAUUUUCUGUCCUAAGCCACAAAGAAAUAUAAACCUAUCUGUUGUUAUUGAGAUGAGACUUUUACGUUGAGUUUGUGCUUGAGUGCAGUGCUAAGUAAAGUAGGGAGGUCUGUGUUUUUCUUGCCGCUAUUUCUCCUUGUGAAUGCAGAGCACAUAGGGCAUUGCAGCACUCCAAGCAUUGACUUUGUCAACGCUGCGAUGUUACAGCGAGUUACUUUGUUAUUGUGAUUGUUGUUGGUUUUACAUUUUCUGAGUAACGUAGAAAGUGUUGUACAAUGUCGAGCACGUUAAGGUGUAACUAUUUGCUGUUUGUUGUUUAUGUUGGUUCUUUGUGGAGUUUUUUUCCUCAAAAAAAAAUGAAAAGUAUUUAUAUUUAUUGGAUACAUUUUGUUUUACAGAGAAUGUAGUAAGUAUGUGAUAGUCUGAGAAAGUGUGCACAUCAUUUUAAAUGCAGUGUCCAAUUACUGUUUCAGUAUUUAAGUGUUUUACUAAUUUUGCUAUUUAUGAAGAGAAAGUGUUUGUGUGUUUUCACUAACUUUUUUCCAUCUAAAUGUUAGUUUUUAGAUUACUCGAUCCUCUUGUUUUUUAUGAGUGUUUUUAUGAGUGUUUCAAAAACAUGUUUUUCAUUAUCACUUCCCCCCCCCCCCCGUAUACCUGAGGCAUUUACCACAAAAUCAUGGAAGGGAAACCCAAAAAGAACACGCAAUUGCAAGAUGUUACCAUUAACAGAUAUUGUGUAUUAGAUACCAUAUUUAUUCUAAUAAGCCUCCCACCAAACUUUGUGACCAUAUUUCAAGUUUCAAUAAAAUAUUUUUUCCUGUUCUUAAGUAAUUAUUAUUCAAAAUUAUAAAUUGCUUUAAGAUUUUCUGUAAAACUAAUACAGUACAACCUAGAUUUUUCAUUACCCCUUUUUAAAUUUUCCCAUUAUUUGCUCCAUUUUAUUUUGGUCCCAUUUUAACCUCAUUUGAUGCAAUUCCAGUUUAUUACAACGCACCUACAAUUUUCUUCCCGCAAUUUGCGCUGUUUGUUUAUGCUAUACUGUCAUAAAUUCACUAUUCCGGUCAUUGGUCACGUACAUCAUACAUGUGAAGAUACCACUUCCGUGUGAAAUACCGAAUCCAAAAUGCUGUUGGGAGCACUAGCGCUGUAGCUCCUGAAUCUUUCAAUUGCCGAAUGCCAGCCCAGCAAGUCACGUCACUGGCUGGCGUCAGGCGCGGCAGUGGCGUCAUUCCUCGUGCUUUUCACGCAUGCUGAGAUAUUUUAACUAAACUGUAAUACUUACUCUUAAAAUACUUACUAAAAUCCAACUCCAGAGAGGUGUUAACACUUGUACUCAACACACUGCAAUUAUGAAAUACAAUUUUUGCCCAAUGUUAUUUAUUUAUUUAUUUGUCAAUUUGUUGCAUGCCUACUGACGGCAUAAGGCUAUGGGAGGUAGGCACGAUAAACAUAAAAAAAUUACAUAGUCAACACAGCAGGCAACUAACAGAUAAACAAAAAUAAGUUUCAUAAUUAUAUAACAACAAUAAAGAUAAUCAAGAACCUGUUUAUAAAAAAAAAUUACAUAUGGUAGCAUCAUUAGUCUUAAACAUAUUAAAUUUAAAUUAAGAUAAGAAAAAUUGUUUUAUAUUUAAAUUAUUUUUUUGAUAUUUUCGCAGAAGAAAUACUCUACACUUUUUUAAACUAAAAAUCGGCAUGAAAUAUGCCAACCAUAUGCAAGUAAAUACGGUACUGUGUGUAUGCUUACCUCUACUGUACAGAAUGUAAAAAUAUAUAACUUUAAUGUUAAUUAUUAUAUUUAGCUAUGCUUCAGACACACUUAAUAAUUAGGUAUGUGUGUAUCAGAAUAUGGUAUUCAUAUGUUAUGUAAAUCGCUGUUCUCUGAGCAAAAAAAAAAGAAAUAUUUUUAAUGCAGUUCCCCUAUUUUACACUUCACUACAUUUUACAUUACUGCCUUGAAUAUGGUAAAAAAUGGGUUCUAGUGUAGCAUUCUCGCUACCAGUAUUGAUGCCUGCUGGGGUAGUUUUUUUCCUUAUCAAAAACAUACUACUAAAUAUUUCAAUAUUUUCAGUAUCUAAAGAUAUCAGGUAGUAAUUAUUAUAUUUAUUAAAGAUUAUCUUUGAAUUAACACAUCAUACAGGGAAGCAAGGAAAAAAGCAUCAUGAAUCGAAAAUGGCCACCGACCGGAGCUGUCUUGUUAACUGCAGAAAAGCUUCACUAACAUUGUGCUCAGGAGCGACCUAAAUAAAUUCUUUGUUACAAAUAUCAUAAACAGAAUAAAAUGAGAAAUUGCUUAAUUUUAAAAAAAAAAACCUAAGCAACAUGAUGUCACCUUCUAUAAAAUAUUAUAGCAAUGCUCCAAUGCACCAUCACCUGAAAGUGAAAACCAAUCUUAUUUUUUUUUUCCUCCAGUCGCGGAUACGACUUUCCGUGACAAUUGUACUUUCAUCCUGCGGCACAUACGCCCAUUUCCUUAGCCUUAUAUAUAUAUAUAUAUAUAUAUAUAUAUAUAUAUAUAUAUAUUUUGCAACCAUAGACUAUCAGUAUGUAAUCAUUGAAACAUGGUCUCACAGAAACACACUCUCACAAACCACGUGCAAGUUGUUCUUUAUGAACGUCAGGUUAACCAACCUUGGAGCUUGAUGGAACAUGUGCUAUGCAGCGUUGUCAUGCAGCAUUGUCAAAAGACAUUUUACUAUAAAUUAUAUGCAUUUUAUUUGGAUAAAAAUUGUUUAAAAUAUUACCUUUACUGAUAAUGAUAAUGUUGAGACCGAAAACUCAUCUAAAUGAUGUUGUUUAUUUAGAUUUUUUUUUAAUUUUCAUAUUGCAUUUUAAAGCACAUUUGUAUCCUGAUAUAUUAAAUAUGUGUAGGAAUAAUUUUUUUUGUAUAGUUUACUAGAAAUUUCUGUCUUAUAACAUUAAAUAAGAUAUUUAAUGAACUAAUGUGUAACUGUUAAUUUAUAGUUUUCACCAAUAUUAUGUAUUGUUAUAAAACUACCUGCAACAGAGUUUGUGUGUAUAGACGAAAUAACAUUUUUAAGCUCUUGAAGCUAGCUUAAAAUUCUCACCUUUUAUGCCGGAUAACUUUACAUGUACCCAUUAUGUGACAGCAACCUUAUAAAAUGUGUUUUGCAGUUUUGAAGUACCGAGAAUUUAAUAUUUCAAAAAUACUGUUUUCAAAAAUGUUAAUCUAUUAUUCCACUUCGUUUCCUACCAUUUUAGCAUAGAAUAAAAUUUAUUUUUUUUUUCUUUUAGAAUAUUCCCAACAUAUUGAUGAUUUAAUAAUUACGUUAAUUAUUAAUAUAAAUUGUAUCUGGUGUCCCUGGUAGCCGUGACAGUCACGAAGUGGUUUUCAUCUCAUCUCUGAGGUCUCGGGAACCUCUGUGUGUGAACAUGAGCUAUAAAAAUGUUAUAAUACAAGAAAAAAAAUUUGACUGUGUUUCACGUGAUUGUAAGGUUAUCGUUGGCCUGUUUUUUUUUACUUGUACUCACUUAAUUUUGGCCUGUAGGGCCCUAUCAGCAGAUUCAAACGAAUGCACGUUAAAAUAUGUACAUUCUUGAUUUCUUGUAUGCAAUUAAUUAGAAGCAAGCUUAGUAUUUUGAAUGUUUUUUCCCUUGCAUUGUUAGGCCUGUGCAAUAUAUUCAAAUUUUCAAUAUCAAAAAGAACAGUUUAUUCUUAUUCAAUUUUAUUUCAAAUACUAACACUUCGGGGGGGGGGGGACAAAUAUUCAGACGGUUACGAAUAUGGCUGUACAGAAUUUUGAAGAUAGGGGAAAAAAUUUUGGAUCGCAGAAUUUAUUGUCGGGCAGAGACAAAAUUUACACAGGAUUUUCAUAAUGUUUUAGGGUUAUUUAUGGAGUUUUUUUUUUCUACAUCUGCCCACGUAAAUUUUGAGCAGAUUAAUAUAGUAAAGACGGAUUUAACACAGUAAUUCGGAACCAAUUCAAACAUCCACGUUGUUAGCUAAAGUAUUUAAUGAAGAAGAGAGUCCGGUAGGUCAUUAAAAAUAGAUUAAAACUGACAGCACACAGAUGAGGAUAAAAAUCAGAACAAUGCAAGUUGAUAGUUGUCAGAUAAGAGGGUAGCUCUGUGAUUAGUAGUUUCAUUCAGAAGUGGCAGGCGAAGAGAAAAAAAAAAACUUGUAUAGAUCUCGUGGAAAACAUCUGGACACAUACUUACAGCAAUAAAGCCUGACAGAUCUAUGAAAACAUUUUUCUGGUGGAUAAUACAUUGUGAACAACUACCGGAGACAGGCAUCGUAUACGCACACAUAUACACACUCUCUCUUCCCCCCCUCCCCUCCCCUAGUGACAGCUCAGGCAAUUAUCUUCUCCCACUUGACCCGACAAAAAAAGGUCACACUAGGAGGGGGGAAAAAACUUAGCCUCAUUUACCAAGCACAUGUACACUAGACAGAAAAAGACAGGAACAUUCUAAGCAGCUACUGUGUUCCUACACUUUAGUUAAAACAAGACAAAAAAAAUUAUAAUCUGUAAUUGUUAAUAUAUGUGAGUAUAGUAAAUAAUUUAUUUUUACAUAGUAAAAUUUUUUUUUUAAUUUUUUUAGAUUUACAUUAUGUUUAACUAAAGAUUAAAACUGCUCACUGCACAUUCUUUGUAAACCCACCCUCGUAAACUAUCUACAUAUUUACUGCAAUUGCCUUACAUGUUCUCUUUGCACUGUUUAUUAAAAUAUAUGUUUUUAGAUGCUAUUUUGAUUACCAUGAAAAGUAUUUAUUUAUAUUUUACUUUUAAAAUUUGAAUAUUUCAACAAAAUUUUACAAAUAGUAAUUGUAGCUGACUUAACCUAACCACCCUUUCAAUUAAUAUUUUUUUAUUUAAUUUCCCAGAAGCCCCUACACCACACAUUUACUUUUUCUUUCAAUAUGUAUAUGUUAUAUGUGGGGGGAAAAAAUUUACAUUGGAUUUUAAUUCUUACUAUUUAAAUUCAAUAUUUGUAUUCGAGAAUAAUUUGAUAUUCAUACUCAUAUUCGAUUUGAACUAAAAACACUGUUAUUCACACAGGCCUUUGCAUUAUGCAUCAAACAUUGUGUAAGCAUUGCUUAGUAGGCCUUUGCAUUUAUUCAAUUUUUAUUUUGAAUACAUACCUAUUAGUUUUUUUUUUUUUUUUUUUCAAUUUGAGCUUGAUAUUAAUACUUUGAAAUAACACAUUUGAUUUGUUAUGAGUAUUUGACAUAGCAUACCUCAUGAGCUCGUUGAAUACUAACAUUCACUUUUGAGGUUAUCAUUUUUGCAAUAUAAUUACCCAGUUUAGAUAUUUUAAUGGGACUGCAUAAUCAAAAACACAAAUACUCUUUGUUUUAAAUACAGAUCAAGUGUUCACUGUUAUUUUACUACUGUCUCCAAUACAGUAGGAGGGAAAAAUUGCAUGGACAGUUAAUUUGUUUGUAACAUUUUGAAUUUACAAACUAUUAUUUGAAUUUGUUUUGAUUCAUGUACCAGUAGUGGUAAAAAAUUAAUAAACAUCAACAACAAUAGAUCAUAAUAAACCUGCACACUCCUUUGUGAUAGCGAUUAAAAGAAGUAUAUAUGAUAGUUGCAACAGUGUAUGAAUUGAUAGUCAUCGAUCUACUAUCAUGUAGCAAUUACCUGCUGCAUGUAUCUAUGAUAAAGCAGACGUGUUGUUACUUAAAAGCAAAAUAAACUUAAGUGAUUGUUCCAUAGUCCAGAGGGGGAAAAAAAAAAAAACUAAAAAUUGUAAUAUUGCUCAACUAAAAUGCAGUUCCCCUGGCUGCCAUUAAGAACACGAAUACGUGAAUAAAUAGGGUUUAAAUAUGUUUUUAAAAACAUUUUACUUUUUUUUAUGGUACCAAUACAUAGAGUACCUUGAUCUAUUAGAUAGGUUAGCAGCAUAAAAAAAUAUUGUAUAUUUUUUCAAAAAUUGAAAUUUUAACAUAAUUUCUCAAUAGUCACUACACGUUUAUUUCUCUAUGUAUUUUUUUUUACGUGAUGUGAAAUUUUUUUAUGCGAUUCCAACCCCCCUUACUAUUUAAAUUCAAGAAUAAUUUGCAUUUUGUAUUUUUUAAAAAAAAAACCUGCACAGGCCUAUUGCUUAGCUCUAGGUCAGUGCAAACAUCAGAUUGCUAGUAGUAAUAUUUUACUUUACAUUAAUGUUUAUAAAUAUUAUAUCACAGUUAUAAAAUGCUUUUAUUUAUUUUUUGACUGUUAAUCCAGUUGUGGUAAAAAUUGCUUGUUGUCUGCAUGUCAACCAUUCUCUUGUCCAUUGUGCACAUGUUGGAAUAAAGUGGGCAUGUAUCAGGCUCAUUGAUUAUGUCAUUAUGUGCAAACUGUACACAUUCAUAUUGUACUACAACCAUUAAUCCCUUAAGUUAAUUUUAUAUGAGGUGAUGUACCACUGUUUCUAAACUCUUCAGGUACAAUUCAGCAUUGUUUAUUUGGUAGUACGAUUACUUGGAAUCAAAUGUGAAUAAUAAACGAUUUGUUUCAAA